GACACUUUUUCGCUCUAGCUCGCAAAUAACAACAGCGAACGACAUUGUAGAGGAGAUUUACCGCGUUUACUUUACUCGUUCGCCACAUACACACAUACAGCAACCCUCGCCACAAUUUAUUUUUCUUGUCAUUGCUUGGACGGAAUCAGCAGCCCAGGAACAUAGAGCAAGCUUAAAGUACUUCUACAAUGACCGGACUAACCGCAAAGAGCAUUGCCGAGGCGCUGCGCCCACUGCACAUCAAGUACUCCACCACAGAAAUCACUGUCCUCGUGGCCAAUGAACUGUGGGCCGCCGCCGAGCAGAUGCGCGAGCAGUUCCAGGCUACCUCCUGGAUCGCCAACGCGCCCGCCGACGCCGAGAGCAACGACGUCGAGCCCAUCGAGCUCGCCGCUCGGUUCCUCAAGUUCUGCGUCACCCAGUACCCCGCACAGCCCGAGGGCCUCCCCUGCUUCGAUCUGAUCCGCGUGCUGUUCAAGCAUAUGCGCGAGACCUUCCUGCGGGGCAACGAUGUGCAUGUCGCCACCGAUGAGCUGUUGACCUCCGCCGCGCGCCAGGCUGUUAUCAACGCGUACUACUCGGCCCAGGUGCUGGUUGCCGAGGACGACGAGUCCGCCGCUGCCGCUGCAACUCCAGCCCUGUUCGACUGCGCUGCCAAGGGCACCGCCGGUCUGUUCGCCAUCUUUGGCGGCCAGGGCAACGUCGAGGAGUACUUUGACGAGACCCAGGAGGUCUUUGACACAUACGAGCCCCUGGUCCGCGACUUUGCCGAAAAGAUGGCCGCGUCGCUUAAGCGCGCCGCGUGCACGCCCCAGGCGCAGACCGUCUGCGCCAAGGGCCUCGAUAUUAUGGCCUGGCUGUCGAGCCCCGAGUCGCGCCCCGACCUGCACUACCUGCUCAGCGUGGCCAUCAGCCUGCCCAUUGUCGGUUUCACGCAGUUGCUCAACGUGCUGGUCCUGUGCAAGGUCACCAAGCUUGCACCCGGCGCCAUCGCCGAGCUGUUCAAGGGCGCCACUGGCCACAGCCAGGGUAUUAUCACGUCGGUUGUGUUUGCAUCCAUGACCGAUAUGGACUCCUUCUACGCUCUGUCUGAGAAGGCCCUGGGCACCCUGUUCGCCAUCAGCAUGCAUUCGCAGCUGGCCCACCCGCCGACCACAAUCAACCCGGCCAUUUUGGAGGACUCGCUGGAGAAUGCCGAGGGCACCCCCGGCCCCAUGCUGAGUAUCUCGCGCCUGCGCCAGAGCGAGGUCGAGAAGCACAUCGAGGCCACUAACCGCCAUUUGCCCGCCGACCGCCAGGUUGCCCUAUCGCUGAUCAACGGCCCCCGGUCGUUUGUCAUUACCGGCCCGCCGCAGUCUCUGUACGGCCUUAACCUCAGCCUGCGCAAGCUGAAAGCCCCGGCCGGUCUCGAUCAGAACCGUAUCCCGUUCUCCCAGCGUAAGCUGCAGUUCUCGACACGCUUCCUGCCCAUCACCGGCCCCUUCCACUCCGAGUACCUGGCUGCGGCCCCCGAGAACGCCAUGCGCGACAUCCAUGCCAACGGCUGGGAGCUGCACGCCGCUGAUCUGCGCAUCCCAGUUAUCUCCGGCGAUGACGGCAGCCUGCUCAGCGAGGAGAAGGAUCUGAGCCGCAAGCUCGUCGACAGCCUGUGCGUGCUUCCUGUAGACUGGAUCAAGGCCACGGCCACCGAGGGCGUCACUCACAUGGUUGACUUUGGCCCCGGUGGCGUCAGCGGCAUUGGUGGUCUGACCAACCGCAACAAGGAGGGCACCGGCCUGCGCGUCGUUCUGGCUGGCGCGCUCGAAUCCAGCAAUCAUGAUCUCAGCGCAAAGUCUGCUCUGUUCGACACCCGCGCGUCGUCUGUCGUGUACUCGCAAAACUGGCAGCGCGACUACGCCCCGCGCCUGGUGCGCACCGAGUGUGACGGCCAACUGCAGAUCGACACGCCCAUGAGCCGUCUGCUCGGCAAGCCGCCAGUGAUGGUUGCCGGCAUGACGCCGUCAACUGUCAGCGAGGUGUUUGUGUCGGCUGUCAUGCGCGCCGGCUACCACAUCGAGUUGUCCGGCGGUGGUCACUUUAACGAGGCCAUGCUGCGCAACAAGGUUGAUAAGAUCCUCAAGCUCGUCGACCCCGGACUUGGUGUCACGAUCAACUCGAUCUACAUCAACCCAUUCCUGUGGAACAUCCAGUACCCGGCGAUGCAGACGAUGCGUCGCGAGGGCGUCCCCAUGGAGGGCCUGUGCAUUGGUGCUGGUGUGCCGUCGUUCGAGGUCACGAACGAGAUCAUCUCGAGCAUCAGCGCUGUUGGCUUCCGCCACAUUGGCCUGAAGCCCGGAUCCGUGGCGACUAUCCGCCUGGUCAUCAAGAUCGCGCAGGCCAACCCCGAUUUCCCGAUUCUGCUCCAGUGGACCGGUGGUCGUGCCGGUGGUCAUCAUUCUUUCGAGGACUUCCAUCAGCCUAUCCUCGAGACGUACGGCGCCAUCCGCGCCCAGCGCAACAUUGUGCUCGUCGCCGGUUCGGGCUUUGGUGGUGUCGACGACACUCUGCCCUACCUUACUGGUGAGUGGAGUCGUCGCUUCGACUGCGCGCCCAUGCCCUUCGACGGCUGCCUGUUCGGCUCGCGUGUCAUGGUCGCCAAGGAGGGUAUGGCCUCGGACGCUGUCAAGGAGGCCAUCGUCGCCGCGCCUGGUAUCGACGACUCCGAGUGGGAGAAGACGUACCGUGGCCCCACGGGCGGCAUCGUCACUGUUCUCUCAGAACUCGGCGAGCCUAUCCACAAGAUCGCCACUCGCGGUGUUAUGCUGUGGAAGGAGAUGGAUGACACCAUCUUCUCGCUGCCGCGCGAGAAGCGCCUUCCCGUGCUCAUGGCAAAGAAGGACUACAUCAUCAAGCGCCUCAACGAUGACUUCCAGAAGCCCUGGUUCGGCCGCAAGGCUGACGGCAAGUCUGCUGAUCUCGAGGAGAUGACGUACGCCGAAGUCGCCAACCGCAUGGUCGAGGUCCUGUACAUUUCGCACCAGUCGCGCUGGAUCGACAUCACCAUGCGCAACCUCGUCGGCGACUACCUGCUGCGUCUCGAGGAGCGCUUCUCUACCACCGAAAAGCCCGCCCUUCUGCAGUCCUUUGACCAGCUCAACAACCCGUUCCCCCAGGUGCAGGCCAUCAUCGACGCCUACCCCGAGAGCAGCACGCAGCUGCUGACCACCGAGGAUGUGCAGUACUUCAUCAACCUGUGCAUGCGCCCCGGCCAGAAGCCCGUGCCGUUUAUCCCGGUUAUGGACAAGGACUUCCACAUCUGGUUCAAGAAGGACUCGCUGUGGCAGGCUGAGGAUGUCGAUGCCGUCCCCGGACAGGACGUCGGCCGCGUGUGCAUUCUGCAGGGCCCCGUUGCCGUGCGCUACGCGACCAAGGCCAACGAGCCCGUCAAGAGCAUUCUCGACGGCAUCUACCACGGCCAGAUUGCGGCGCUGCUCGAGCGCUACUACGGCGGCGACGAGUCCGCUGUGCCCACUGUCAGCUACCUCGGCAACCCGCCGGCUGUCUGCGCCCUCCCGGCUCAUGUCAAGGUCGAGUCGACCGAGACCGAGCGCGUAUUCACUGCUCCCCGUGUCAAGGCGCAGCUGCCCGAGACCGACGCCUGGCUCAAGGCCCUGGCUGGAAGCGAGCUCAACUGGCUGCGUGCUUUCCUGACCUCGCCGACCGUCUCGCAGGACCGCACGUAUGUGAGCAACAUUGUUCAGCGUGUGCUGCGCCCCCGUCCUGGCCAGGUCGUCAGGGUCGCCCUGCGCGAGGGACGCCCGUACGCUGUCGAGGUCAUUGAUGCCAGCGGCCUCAAGGCUCUGGACUUUAGCAUCGACGCGGACAACACGAUGAUCCACUUCAACAUGUACUCGUCGCCCCGCGGCACCCAAUGCACCCUCGAGCUGUUGUUCCGCUAUCAGGCGCAGAUGCCCAGCGUGCCCAUCCACGAAGUCAUGGAGGGCCGCAACGAGCGCAUUAAGAAGUUCUACGCGCAGGUGUGGUUCGAGAACAGCAAGGAGGGCGAGGAUGUGAUUGGCAUUGUCGACCCCGAGUUUGAGUUCACUCACUCGAAUGAGGAAAUCCGCAAGGAGGAUAUUCGCCAGUUCUGCCUGGUCGUCGGUAACCAGUCUGAGCGCUACGUCGAGCACAAGGAUGGCGUUGUCUACGCGCCCAUGGACUUUGCUGGCCGCGCAUGCUGGCCGAUGACGUGCAAGACCAUCCUGCCACAAAUCGUCGACGGCGAUGUGCUCAACUUGGUGCAUAUGUCCAACGGCUUCCGCAUGGUUGACGGCGCCGAGCCGCUCAAGGCUGGCGACAUCGUCGAGAGCAAGGCCAAGAUUAUCGAGGUCACCAUCGAGGAGACGGGCAAGCGCUCGCGCAUCAGGGGCCACGUUUACCGCGACGGCAAGCCCGUCGUCGAGAUCACGACGUCAUUCUUCUACCGUGGCGCGUUUACCGACUUUGCCGAUACCUACCGCAAUAUUGACGAGCAGCCAUCGCGCGUGACCCUGGCCACGACCAAGGACAUUGCUGUGCUCAAGUCCAAGGAGUGGUUCGUGCCUCUAGAGAGUGCGUGUCACGAGCUGCAGCCGGGAUCGACCCUCGAGUUCCGUUUGUCAUCGCGCUACCGCUUCAAGUCGCGCACCGUGUACUCGAACAUUGUCACCACCGGCCGCGUCAUGGUGCAGGUGUCGACCAAGGAGUUUGUGCACAUUGCUGACGUCGUGUACGAGUGCGGCGAGUCCUACGGCAACCCCGUUGUCGAGUACCUUAAGCGCCACGGCCAGCCCAUCGAGGACUCGUUCUACUUUGAGAACGGCGGCUACUCGGUCAUGCCUCGCGGCAGCGAGUUCAGCUCGAUCACACACUCGCCUGGAACCAACGACCCGUACUCGAACAUCUCGAGCGACCACAACCCGAUCCACACGAACGUGUACUUUGCCGACUAUGCCGAUCUGCCGGGCACUAUCACUCACGGUAUGUGGACCAGCGCGUCGACUCGCAAGUUCGUCGAGACCUUUGCCGCAGACAACCACCCCGAGCGCGUUAAGGCGUACGAGGUUGAUUUUGUCGGCAUGGUCCUACCCAACGACCAGCUCGAGACCAAGCUGUACCACGUCGGCAUGAAGGACGGCCGCAAGCUGAUCAAGGUUGCGACCUUCAACCAGCACGGUGAUAAGGUCAUCGAGGGCAUGGCCGAGGUUGAGCAGCCCAUCACCGGCUACACCUUCACCGGCCAGGGCUCCCAGGAGACCGGUAUGGGCAUGGAGCUGUAUGAGCGCUCAGAGACCGCGCGCCAGUUGUGGGACCGUGCUGACAAGCAUAUGCUUGGGACCUUUGGCUUCUCGAUCAUCGAUAUUGUCAGGAACAACCCGAAGGAGCGCACCGUGUACUUUGGCGGUGACAAGGGCGCUAAGAUCCGCGAGAACUACUGCUCGUUGACCUACGAGACUGUCGACGCCGAUGGCAACAGCAAGGUGCUGCGCCUGUUCCCCGACAUUGUCGAGGACUCGCCCUUCUACACGUUCAAGUCGCCCAACGGUCUGCUACAGGCCACCCAGUUCACGCAGCCCGCACUCAUGCUCUUCGAGCUGUCGUCGUACGCUGACAUGCGCGCAAAGUCUUUGAUCCAGAAGAACGCGCCCUUCGCCGGCCACUCGCUUGGUGAGUACGGUGCCCUCAGCGCCAUCGGUGAGGUUCUGGCCGUCGAGGCCGUCGUUGACGUCGGCUUCUACCGCGGUAUGACCAUGCAGCGUGCUGUCGAGCGCGACUCGCAAAACCGCUCGCAGUACAGCAUGAUGGCCGUCAACCCCGCGCGCGUCGGCAAGAGCUUCAGCCAGGAGGCACUCGAGUUUGUCAUCAGCUCGAUCCGCCACCAGAGCAAGGGGCUGCUGGAGAUUGUCAAUCACAACGUCGAGAACUGGCAAUACGUUGUCGCUGGUGAGCUGCGUCUGUUGGACACCCUGACCAAUGUGCUCAACUUCAUCUUCAGCCAGAAGAUCGACGUUGCCAAGCUCAUCAAGGACAUGCCACUCGAGGAGGUGCAGGAGCAGCUCGGCCAGAUCGUCGACGGAGCGCUGGUCAAGGCCGAUGAGAAACGCGCUCGCGACGGCUUCAUCGUGCUGGACCGCGGUCACGCGACUAUCCCGCUGACUGGCAUUGACGUGCCCUUCCACUCGAGCUUCCUGCUCUCAGGUGUCGGACCCUUCCGAAACUUCCUUCUCAAGAAGCUGCGCGUUAACGACAUCAACUACAGCCUGCUCAAGCACUUAUACAUUCCUAACCUUACGGCCAUGCCCUUCGAGGUCACAAAGGCGUACUUUGAGGAUGUGCUUGAACUCACUGGCUCUGCGCGCAUCACGCGCGUGCUGAAGAGCUGGGACGACGCGAUGCUCGCUGACCCUGCUGAGGUGCAGCGCCUGUCACACGUGCUGCUCGUCGAGCUGCUGGCUUACCAGUUUGCCUCGCCGGUGCGCUGGAUUGAGACCCAGGACCACUUGUUCAAGGGCUACGGCAUUGAGCGCUUCAUCGAGAUUGGGCCCAGCCCGACCCUUUGCGGUAUGGCUCAGCGCACGCUCAAGUUCAAGUACGAGGCCUACGACGACGCCAUUGCGCACCGCCGCUCGACCCUGUGCUACUCGAAGAACGAGAAGGAGCUUUACUACACCUACGAGUCUGAGCCCGAGGCCGAGGCCGAGGCUGCGCCCGCUGUUGCUGCUUCUGCCGCCCCUGUGGCCGCUGCCGCUCCGGUUGCUGUUGCCGCUACGCCCGCGCCCGCCGCUGGUGGUGGUGCUGCUAUUGACGACGUGCCGGUCAAGGCCAUAGAUAUCAUCCACACCAUCGUGUGCCAGAAGCUCAAGAAGUCUCUCGACGAGGUGCCCGUGUCCAAGUCGAUCAAGGAGUUAGUCGGCGGCAAGUCCACCAUGCAGAAUGAGAUCCUUGGUGAUCUGCAGAAAGAGUUUGGCAACGACGUCCCCGAGAAGUCCGAGGAGACCCCCCUCAACGAGUUGGCCGGCAGCAUGACCUCCUUCGCCGGCGCCCUGGGCAAGCACUCCGCCAGUCAGGUCGCGCGCCUGAUUAGCAGCAAGAUGCCUGGAGGCUUCACGCAGUCCACCGCCCGCAGCUACCUGCAGGCGUCGUACGGCUUGGGACAGCAGCGCCAGGACGGCCUGCUGCUUCUGGGUCUGACCCAGGAGCCCGCUGCCCGUCUGGGCGGUGAGGCCGACGCCAAGGCAUGGCUCGAUUCGCUGGCCCAGUUGUACGCCAAGAGGACCGGCAUUUCGUACUCAGUGGCCGGCUCCGGCUCUGGCAGCGGUGCUGCUGGCGCUGCGGUUGCUGUCGUGAACAGCGAGGCCUUUGACAAGGCCCAGCGCGAGCAGAAGCGCCUGAUCACCCAGCAGCUCGAAGUGCUGGCCCGCUACCUGGGCGUUGACCUGCGCCAGGGCGACCGCGCCUUCGAGGCGUCCAAGGUUGAGACCGGCAUGCUACAGGCCGAGGUUGACCUGUGGAUGGAGGAGCACGGCGAGUUCUAUGCCAACGGCAUUAAGCCCUCGUUCGAUGCCCGCAAGGCGCGCACCUUUGACUCGUACUGGAACUGGGCGCGCCAGGAUGCUCUGAUUCUGUACUACGAGAUCCUGUUCGGCCGCCUGCACGAGGUCGACCGCGAGAUCACGUCGCGCUGCAUCCGCCUGAUGAACCGCGCCAACCCGGCCCUCAUGCGCCACAUGGCAUACCACAUUGCCAAGACCGACGCGUCCAAGGGCGAGACCUACAAGCUGGCCCGCGAACUGGCCGAGAUGCUGUACGAGAACUGUGAGGUCGCGUUGACCCACCCGCCCAUGUACAAGGAUGUCGAUUUCCCCACUGGCCCGCGCACUGAGGUGACUGCCAGCGGCGACAUCAAAUACGCCGAGGUGCAGCGCGCCGACGAGCGCAAGCUGCUCGACUACGUGCACAAGAUGCAGGCCGGCGGCGAGCUGACCCAGUUCUCCGGCCGCCAGCGCGUUGAGCAGAGCCUGGCCAAGAUUUACCGCAUCAUCAAGCAGCAGAACAGCAUGAAGAAGGACAGCAAGCUGGCCAUCCAGGGUCUGUAUACCGACGUGCUGCGCUCGCUGCGCAUGUCGCCCAAGAUCAUGGAAGAAUCUGGCGCUCGCCGCAUCUUCAGCCGCUCGCGCAUGGCCCUGGCCCCCGAUGGCAGUGCUGCUGCCCCGGCUGCCAUCCCUGAGCCCAUUCCCAAGGAGACAAUUCCUUUCCUGCACCUGAAGCGCAAACUGUCCACUGGCGAGUGGGAGUUCAGCUCGCGCCUGACUGGCAUGUACCUCGAUGUGCUCACCGAGAUGUGCAAGAAUGGUCAGACGUUUGAGAACAAGAACGUGCUGAUGACUGGCUGCGGCAAGGACUCCAUUGGUGCCGAGGUGCUUAAGGGUCUGCUGACCGGUGGCGCCAAGGUUGUCGUGACCACGUCGCGCUACAACCGCGAGAACAUGCUGUACUACCAGGGCAUUUACCAGGAGUGUGGCGCACGCGGCUCGACGCUCAUUGUUGUGCCCUUCAACCAGGGCUCGCUGCAGGACGUCAAGAAGAUUGUCGAGUUCAUCUACGAUGACUCGCCUCGCUCGGAGAACUUGGGCUGGGACCUCGACUACGUCAUUCCGUUUGCGGCCAUCCCCGAGCAGGGCCGUGAGAUCACCGACAUUGACUCGCGCUCGGAGCUGGCGCACCGCAUCAUGCUGACCAACCUGCUGCGUCUGCUGGGCGAGAUCAAGACCUGCAAGGCUGCACGCGGCUUUGACACGCGCCCAGCGCAGGUCAUCCUGCCCCUGUCGCCCAACCACGGUCUGUUCGGCUCUGACGGUCUGUACAGCGAGAGCAAGAUCUCGCUCGAGACACUGUUCAACCGCUGGUACUCCGAGUCGUGGGGUGCCUACCUGACCAUCACAGGUACCGUCAUCGGAUGGACCCGCGGUACAGGCCUGAUGAACGCCAACAACAUUGUUGCCGAGGGCAUCGAGAAGCUUGGCGUGCGCACAUUCUCGACCCAGGAGAUGGCGUUUAACAUCCUCGGCCUUAUGCACCCGACCAUCAACGCGCUGGCCCAGUCCGAGCCCGUGUGGGCCGAUCUUAACGGCGGCUUCCAGUUCAUCCCUGAUCUCAAGGAUGCCACGGCCCGCCUGCGCGCCAGCAUCCGGGAGUCCAGCGAGGUCAAGAAGGCCGUUGCCGCUGACUCGUCGCUCGACUUCAAGGCUGUUGCUGGCGCCAAGAACGAGAACAUGCACAAAUCGCGCAUCGUCAAGCCGCGUGCUAACCACAAGUUCCCGUUCCCGAGCCAUAGCGCAUACGACAAGCUCGAGCACCUGCGCCACCUGCAGGGCAUGGUCAACCUGGACAAGGUUGUCGUUGUCACUGGCUACGGUGAGGUCGGUCCUUACGGUAAUGCCGAGACCCGCUGGGAGAUGGAGGCGUUUGGCGAGUUCUCGCUCGAGGGCUGCAUUGAGCUUGCCUGGAUCAUGGGCUACAUUAAGCACUUUAACGGCAGACUCAAGAACAAGCAGCUGUACACGGGCUGGGUUGACGCCAAGACCGACGAACCCGUUGAGGACAAGGACAUUAAGGCACGCUACGAGAAGCAGAUUCUCGAGCAUACUGGUGUCCGCCUGAUUGAUGCUGAUCUUCUCGACGGCUACGACCCGCUCAAGAAGCCCAUGUUGCGCGAGCUGCAGAUCGAACACGACAUGGAGCCCUUUGAGUCUAGCGCUGAGGAUGCCGCCAACUUCAAGCUGCGCAACGAGGACAAGGUCGACGUGUGGGAGAACGCUGACGGCUCGUGGUCCGUGCGCUUCCUCAAGGGCGCGACCCUGAUGGUGCCCAAGGCCUUGCGUUUCGACCGGUUGGUUGCCGCGCAGAUCCCCACCGGCUGGGACCCCGUCCGCUACGGUAUCCCCAAGGACAUCGCCGCGCAGAUCGAUCCAAUCACCUGCUAUGUGCUUGUGGCCACUGUCGAGGCCCUCGUGCGCUCGGGCAUCACCGACCCGUACGAGUUCUACAAGUACGUGCACGUCAGCGAGGUCGGAAACACCAUGGGCUCGGGCGUCGGCGGCAUGCAGUCGAACAAGAAGAUGUUCCGCGAGCGCUACUUUGACCGCGACGUGCAAAACGAUGUGCUCCAGGAGACGUUCAUUAACACCAUGGCCGCUUGGGUCAACCUGCUGAUGCUGUCGUCAUCGGGCCCGAUUAAGCCCACGGUCGGUGCUUGCGCCACAUCGGUGCUGUCCAUUGACGUUGCCAUUGACACCAUCCAGACGGGCAAGGCCAAGAUCGUGCUGUGCGGUGGCUUUGACUUCUUCCAGGAGGACGGCUCGUUUGAGUUCGCGCAGAUGAAGGCGACCAGCAACUCGGUCGACGAGUUUGCGCGCGGCCGUACUCCCGCCGAGAUGUCGCGUCCUUGCACGACCACUCGCAACGGUUUCAUGGAGGGCGAGGGUGCCGGUAUCCUGACUGUCAUGUCGGCGACCGUCGCUCUGGAGAUUGGUGUGCCCAUCUACGGUAUCCUCGCCAUGUGCGGCACUGCUACUGACAAGGAGGGUCGCUCUGUGCCCGCUCCUGGUCAGGGCAUCCUGACCUCUGCCCGCGAGGUGCCUAGCGCUGUGCCAUCGCCGCUGCUCGACAUUAACUACCGCCGUCGCCAGCUCGACCUGCGCCGCACUGCGAUCAAGCAGUGGACUGAGAGCGAGCUUAGCUACAUCAUGGCCGAGGUUGAGGCCCUCAAGGGCUCGGCUAUUGGCCUGCCCUGCGACGAGGAGGUCUUUGUGCGCGAGCGCUCUGAGUUCAUCGAGAAGGAGGCCAAGCGCCAGCUGGGCGAGGCCCUCGAGCUCUGGGGCAACCACUUCUGGCGCCAGGACCCGCGCAUCGCUCCCCUGCGCGGCUCGCUUGCCGUCUGGGGCCUGACCGUUGACGAUAUUGGCGUUGCUUCGUUCCAUGGAACCUCGACCAAGGCCAACGACAAGAACGAGUCGCAGGUUGUCGAGAGCCAGUUCCAGAAGCUUGGCCGCACGCCCGGAAACGCCUGCCCGGUCAUUUGCCAGAAGUGGCUAACUGGUCACCCGAAGGGUGCUGCCGCCGCGUGGAUGCUCAACGGUGUGCUGCAGGUCCUGCGCACGGGUAUCAUCCCGGGCAACCGCAAUGCCGACAACAUUGCCGCUGAGCUUGAGAAGUUCGAGCACGUCAUGUACCCGUCGCGCUCGAUCCAGACCGACGGCAUCAAGGCUGGUCUGCUCAAGUCGUUCGGUUUCGGCCAGGUUGGUGGCGAGAUCCUGGUGCUCCACCCCGACUACCUGCUUGCUGUCCUGUCCAAGGAGCAGCUUGAGGUGUAUGUGGCCAAGGUCAAGGGCCGCGAGGCCAAGUCUUACCGCUACUGGCACAACUCCCUGACGGGCGCCCAUCCGUUCGUCCAGGUCAAGGACGCACCCCCUUACACCGAGGCCCAGGAGUCGCAGGUGUACCUGAACCCGCUGGCCCGCGCUGAGUACGACCCUUCGACCAAGAAGUACCUGUUCAAGCGUACUGACCAGACCACUGUUCCCAAGUUCUAAAAACCGCAGUGUCUCGAUUUUCAGAUUCCGGCCUCGUUUUGUUUUUGCCCUAUACACUUCCAUAUUUUAUCGCCCCAUUUCUUAUUUUAGCACGGCAAUGUCCCUGUUGCUAGCGGCUCGCCUUUUUUGUGCUCUUAUUUUUUCUGCUUCGCAUUUAUUUUCUUUUAGCUGGGACCGAGCAGGAUCCAAGCCCUGCUGAUGCAAACGCGCCCAGCUAUCGUCUGUUUUGUAUGUCUUUUUGAAGGGUAGCCCAAUUGAGCUUGCACUUUGCAACUUGGUUUGUCUGUCGCUAUUUCUCUUUUUUCUUUCAUUUUUUCUCUUAAUUAAAAUAUUUUCAACAUUUAA